AUGGGGCGUAUUCCAUGCUGUGAGAAGGACAACGUGAAAAGAGGACAGUGGACACCUGAGGAAGAUCACAAACUCUCCUCCUACAUUGCUCAACAUGGCACUCGCAACUGGCGUCUCAUUCCCAAGAAUGCUGGCCUCCAGAGAUGUGGAAAAAGCUGCAGACUAAGGUGGACUAAUUACCUUCGUCCUGAUCUCAAGCAUGGCCAAUUCACGGACUCGGAAGAGCAAACCAUUGUGAAGCUUCAUUCAGUUUUUGGUAACAGAUGGUCACUGAUAGCAGCCCAGCUGCCAGGACGCACUGACAAUGAUGUCAAAAACCACUGGAACACCAAACUGAAAAAGAAACUGUCAGGCAUGGGUAUAGACCCUGUAACCCACAAGCCAUUUUCCCAUCUAAUGGCUGAAAUUGCUACGACAUUGGCACCCCCACAGGCAGCUCACUUAGCUGAAGCAGCCCUUGGCUGUUUCAAAGAUGAGGUGCUCCACCUUCUUACCAAGAAGCCAAUGACCUUCCAGGGCCAGCAUUCCAAUGCAGCACCGGGGAAUAACUUCACUGAUUACAUUAAUUCCAAGACAGAUGGAAAGGACGCAACGGUUGAGAAGAUUAAGUUUGAUCUAUCGAAGGCCAUGCAACAAGAAUCUGAAAUGAUGCCUUCAAAUAAACCUUGGGACUCCACAGCAACUACAUCUGCAAGUUUUGCGAUGCCAUACAGUGUUUUCCCUACAAUGCCUGGUUAUCAAUUCUCUCCAACGUCUUUCGGAAGUAAAGGUGAUGCGUCUCCAUGGGGCCAAAGUGUAUGUACUGGAAGUACAUGCACAGCCGUGGAUCAGCAGAGCCAGUUGCAUGAAAAACUUGAAGAAGAAAAUGGUGAUGAUUCUGAGGCUACAAAGGAAAUUAGAAGUCUAUCCAAUAUAUUCAACUCAGAUUGUGUCGUAUGGGAUCUACCAGCAGAUGAUUUAAUUAACCCCAUGGUAUAA